UUCACCGUCAGUGAGCGGAUCGCUCACAGAUUACAGGUUUGGAUGGAUGAGUUUCAGUGGCUCAUGUGUUAUGCGUUAACAUACUAUGUUUAUUGCGAUAGUUGCACACAAGGUGGUUUAGUAGACAAUGAUGGAAUAUGAAUUCUGGUAGUUUGUUUUCUGUUGACAAUGACUAGUCAAAACUGCAAGAAAUAUUUAUUUUGGUUUGCCAACGAACACGUAGAUUUCCGUUUGCCUGAGAUUACAUCUAUUGCAUCCCUAUUCAACAUUAAUAUAAGAUGGCUUGAAAAACCAAACCAACAUCCUUAUUGGGUAGUGGAACUACCUUCUGAAAAAGCUGCUAGGCAGAUUGCUAGCCGAUCUGUGGGGCUACGCUCUUGCAUGGAACUUUGGGCUCAAGCUAAAACAGAAGAAGAACUACACAAGAAUGUUCGAUCUUACCCCAUGGAGCUAAUGAAACCAUACUUCAAGCCAGAUCUGUCAUUUAAGAUCAGUGUUGAAACAUUCUGUAACAGGCAAAGUCAAGCAGAGAAAGUAACAAAAAUUGAGGUAUGUACAUGUAGUGGCUAG